AUGUCCUUGAAUCCCUUGCCGUUUGUGAGUACCAAGACCGUCGCUCGUGCAGCAGGCGAUGGCAUGGGCAACGGCCUCUUUGCCCUCACAGACAUCGAGAUGGGCCAGGAACUGCUCAGCAUUCAGAAGCCAUUUGUGGCCGUCCUGGAUACCCCCAGAUUGCAGGACACAUGCUCUGGUUGCUUUGGAACAAAGCAGCAACAGCAGCAGGCGCCGGAAGAAGCUGUCAAAUUAAAGUCCUGCACAAGGUGUCAGGUUGUCAGUCAUGAUAUAUCGCAGCUGCUAAUGUGCUCCCAGAGCUGUCAAUCCAAGGACUGGAAGUUCGCACAUUCCCUGGAAUGCCCGAUCUAUUCGAAGUUGUAUCCCAAAAUUUUGCCAAAUAGUGUCAGGGCGAUUCUGCGAAUUGUUCUCCGCCAUAGCAAGCAGAAAUAUAGCAGCGAGGAGUUUGAGACAUUCCUCAAGCUCGAAACGCAUGCCCGGGAGCUCCGUGAUAGGGAUGAUGAACAGUGGAACCGGAUCUCACUUUCAGCCAAAGCAGUUCGAGAAUACUCUGGGGUUGACAUGAAAGAAGAAAUAAUAUCCCCUUUCUUUGCAAAGGUAACCUUGACCCCUGUUCGAAAUUGCGAUUUCAAUGCUGUGGUUGGAUUCGAAGGGGAUAAACUUUUUGUGAAGCCGGUUCGGCCGAUCAAGAAGGACGAGCAGAUCUUUAUCUCAUACAUCGACGCGACUAACCCUCGUGAGAUUCGUCGUAAAGAGCUUUCAGAUCGGUACUUUUUCGAUUGUAACUGUCCAAAGUGCCGGAAGGGCAAGGAUGCACGCGAAGAUGCCUUUUUGACGCCCGUUGUCGACAUAGAGGCAAUCACAUCAGCAGAGAUAAGAGCGAGGGAAUUGGUGAGAUCUGCUACAACUGAUAAUAACCCAUUCAACGCGGUCAACAAGUUGAAAUCCGCUAUCAAUAUAUUGAGUAAGACCUCCGUGUGGCCGAUCACUCGACAGCCAUAUGUUUCUGCACGGGACGAAUUAAUCGUGUCUCUACUCUCCGCGCAACAAUUCGAAUCUGCCUUUGCACAUGCGACGGUCCGUUUUCUCCGAGUUGACCCGGUGGUAUAUCCACAGGAGGCCCACCCACUUCGACUGCUACAUGUGUGGGCGCUAGCGAAACUUGGGAUACAUAUCUCGCAGGGGGUGGAACCCGACCGCGAAGGCGACUCUUUAGUUCAAAAGUACCAGAUCAAUCUCGGGUUGAUAAUCUGGUCGCUACUUGCCUGGCUUAUCGACAAGGAAGGCGAAGCUUGCACUAGCUCGACCUUCCAGAGUAUGGUGAGGGCGACUUAUAAGGAAGUAUAUGACGAGUUUAGAGCCAACAAUCUGGACCCGACGAAGAUGACAGCGGAGGCAAAUGGCGAGUGGGCUAAAAUGGAGAAAAUCGCGGAUCAUGUGUUGCAGCUCGAAGGAGAUAUGGCUGAUCACACGUGGCAAGCGAAUCCAGAGACUUUACUGCUGCCCCGAUUUCUGGGUUUUGAAAAUUUCCAAAUUCUAGGAGGGGGGUUUUGUUUUCUUGCUUACCUCGCAACCCUCUUAUCGACUAUUUUGGUUGAUAAGCUGUCUGCCACUUAUCUGUCAAGUCUGCGAUAUUUCAAACAGCAAGGAUAUAUCAGCCCCCAGAUCCCUGUUUGCGAAGCUACAAUUGUCUUUUCUUGGGACUCUUCACCUACCGUGGUCCUGCUUGUGAAUGUUCCACCCAUGGCAGACGUGCCUCCGCAUACACACUCAAAUUCGAACGGAGCAGGUCAAAGCGAUGUCGAUGGCCUUCUUAAACGCAUGAGCCGGAAUGACCCGGCAUUCAUUCUCCUUCUUGUGCUUGCCGCACAUCCGGACCUCAACCUCAACUAUUCCAGGAUGUCUGAGUUAAGCCAUAAGCUAUCAAACCCAGAACUGUGGAUAACAUCUGCCGAUAUCGAUGCCAGCAUUUCCGGUCUUGUUGAACUGUCACAGAGGCUUCAGGAGCAGCUGCCACGUAUAGUAGUACACGGUGUUGAUGAUACCAAUUUCCCAUCGCCAGCAGAAGCGACUGAAAUAUCUGGCCAGUAUCAGAAUGGCCACAAGGAGACAGGAAUGCACAUGGCCACUACAAGGAACCAGUCCGAUCCAACAGUGCAGUCUUCGAGCGGGUCCUACGAAUGCUCAGAUCCUCCUGCAGGUCAUUUCUUGCAGGUCACUGAAUCCAAGUCCGUUACAGCGGAAGCAGAAGCAGCAGCCACCGAAACUAUUUUUGGAGCGAAACCAGUGCGAAGGCAUGGUUACAAUUGGGAAUACCGCCACGCUUCGUUUGAUGAUGACUCCUCAGACGAAAACAACCAUGACGAGACCUGUAGCAUUGUAUCGUUUAUCAGCAGCCGUGUCAUGUUCGGAGGCGCGUCAGAUUCGGCAAGACGCUCUCGAACGAAGGACGCAACUCCCCUAGCCUUGCUAUACGAGCAGUCUUCUGGCUACAUCGACUGGUUUGAUUCUUUCGACCCUGGUACAUCUAUUGCUUCUCUGCACAGUAUCAGCAGCAUCAACAAUAACAGCAACAGCCGGCAAGACAGCAACCGACAAGACAGCGGAGUCUAUCUCAGUGACUACGACGACGACGAUAUAGCGUCUAUCGGGGGUGGUGUGUGGAUGGGACUUUCAUUAGCCAACGUAUUUCAGAUCACAACGCCAGAAAUGGAGGUAGAGACCGCAGUACAUUACCUGACCGUGUUUUUUGUUUUCUCUUUCCCCCCCUUUAAGGAUAAAAGUGAGAUAGGUCAGACUGGAGUAGGUAUAACUAAGUUACAAUUAGACGAAGCAAAGGCAAAAGACCAUACAGGACAAGCAAAGCACUCUGAUGAGCAAAAACACAGCCAGCUAGAAUGA